AUGUACGAGCGGCGGAUCAACGGUUCCGGCUGGAAGCACUUCCUGACUAUCCAGGGCGCAGUGGACCUGAGCAUCGGAGCUGUGUUCUUCGCAAUGUUUGGCUUGCGCUACACAGCCUUCAACGCUGGAUCGGUCAGCUAUUUGUCCCAGCACUUCAAUGACGUCCUCGACGCCACAGGGCUGUCGCAUGUCUACAACGAGCACCUGGCUCUGAAUGCAGCGCUCGCAGCUUUGGUUCUCUACCGUGUCGUUUACUUCCUCACCGUAAAUCGCCAUGUCUUCAUCAUCUGGACCUCUGUGAAGCGGGCGGCCAUGGUCGCUGUCAGGCUUGCUGUGGUCGUCGGACCCAUCUUGGCCGGCCUGACGGUGCUGAGCAUGGGCGUUUCCUAUUCCGUCGACCAGUAUACCAGGACCUUCGGAUCUGCCCUGACGCGGAAUUUGCUCAUGAUUUUCGGGGAUGACGAGACCAUUAAGGCCUGGGCGGAGCAAAGGAGUGAUGUAGUACUGAUGUAG